AUGUCAUAUGUCAAACUGGUGUCGCUGUGUGUCGCAGCUCCAGGUGUGGCGGCGCUGCUGAGCGGCUCCGUGCAGGCUGCCGCUGCGGCCGGCGAGGCGAAGAAGAAGAGCCCGCAGCCGGCUCUGAGCAUCGAUGAGGUGAACUGCCGUCGUUUGUACACCAGCCCCGAGGUGGACUCUCGGUAUGUGGAGCCGGAGGCCGGACCGCUGGAGCAGAGCGUCGCAUCGCUGAGGAAAUUGGCAGAAGAACCGUACACAAACCAGUGCCAGCAAGUUUACAAGACUGUGGAGCCCACAAUCAGCACCUCCAUAACAGCAGUCACAGAUGUGUACCAGUUCCUCAGUGACCCUCCUCCUGACCUCUACCCCAGUGUGGCGGUGGUGGGUUUCUCCGGCUUCCUGGGACUUUAUUUAGCCAAAGGCUCCAGAGUGAAGCAGCUGCUGUUUCCUGUUGGACUCAUGGCUCUGAGCGCCUCCAUGUUUUACCCUCAGCAGGCUGCGUCUCUGCUGAAGGUGAGUCGGGACUCGGCGUACACCUGGGCUCAGCAGGGCCGCAGCACCCUGGAGACUCUUUGGAAAGAGCCGCCGUUCAGCAAAAAGAAGGUGAGUCUGUAG